AUGUCCGCCCCAUCCCCCCAACCCGACGACAGCCCUUCUUACGCCAAACUCAAGCGCGACCUUGGCGACGACGCCCCUCUCCUCAACUUCUUACCCUACAAGCGCGCCACUUUCGAGCCGCAGAACGAGAUCGCCGAAGCAGCGCCCGAGCGACUCCUCUAUGGCGACAUGAUGGAGAGCAAAGGCUCGCUCUGGAUCUACUGGACCCUCAACUACCACAACAAGAAGAAGAGCCACCACGACUACCGGAUGAUAACCUUCCAGACCAUCGAAGGCGCAAAAGGCCAUGAGGCGGGCGUGCGUCCGGGUUCAGUCCAGAACGUCGCAUUAGCUUCAGCGCCUUUCAAACAUGCGAAAGACUACGAUGCGGUCGCAGCUAUCGCGAAGUACUUCUUUAUCCGUAGAGGUAUCGAUAUGCAACUGCAGUAUCCGGUGUCGUCUGGCCCGUUCAAAGAGGCCCUUAUGCGCGUGUGUCAGCAUUACAAAGCCAUAUAUAACGAGACGCAAGCCAACAAGGCAGCAAGCCGUCGUUCAUCAGUCAUGCCUACUGGAGGUCGCGAUCAGAGUGUUGUUUCGCAAUUCCAAGAUCCACGAGAACCUUCGUAUGCAGCUUCGUUAGCGCCAUCAAGGCCGGUGUCGCGCGCGCCAUCCCGUCCCAAGAGCAUGCGCAAUAUGGACACUCGCAAGCGCCGGCACAGUUCGGGCUCAAAUCUCGACCCGCGGCCUGAGACAGAAAAGCGCAGCGCUCCUCGCGAAGGAUCUAGCAACUUUUCAUCCUAUUCCCGACCACCUUCCCCGUUCCUCGCGUCGGUUCAGCCUUCCCUUCACGAGCGCCCGGGAGAUGAAGAUGAAGAGAUGCGAGACCUUUCCGUUAGUAACAACAACGAAGCAGAUCAAGUACAACCAGCCGACGGCGCGCGCCCGGACGACAUCGAUCGCGAGACGAUGAUGGAUCAAUACAUUGCGCUAAAAGCCCGGGAAGAAGAUCUUGAUAGUAGGAUCAGCGACAUGGAGACGGAGCGUGUACGUAUUGCGGACCAAGUAGCGGGGCUACAAGCGGACAUCAGCACGAUCGAGAACCGAAAGGGCGACUUGAAAGAAGAGAAAGAUCGCGUGCGAGCGGAGAAGAAGCAGCUGCAGAUUCAGCUAGAUAAAGAUGAGCAUCUGGACUUUGGGUUUGAAGCUGGACGGAGGAUGGAAACUAAGCGUCAACGGCGGGAGUAG